CGCAGUGUUUGGGGACCCUCUUCCAGGGCUUUUCUUCAGGAUUCCUAGAUCCUGACUGUCCUUGCCUCCCGUAGACUUUUGCACAGUGCUCCCGUGGACAUCUGGCAGGAUACAGCAGCGACAUCUCCGCGGCAGGCGGCGGACAGCCUAUGGAGUCCGGGCUACUGCGGCCAGCACCGGUGAGCGAGGUCAUCGUCCUUCACUACAACUACACUGGCAAGCUCCGGGGAGCGCGCUACCAGCCCGGGGCCGGCCUACGUGCGGACGCCGCAGUGUGCUUGGCUGUAUGCGCUUUCAUCGUGCUGGAGAACCUGGCUGUGCUCUUGGUGCUGGGCCGCCAUCCUCGCUUCCAUGCACCCAUGUUCCUGCUCCUGGGUAGCCUCACCUUGUCGGACCUGCUCGCUGGGGCGGCCUACGCCACCAACAUCCUGCUGUCCGGGCCGCUCACAUUGCGCCUGUCGCCGGCGCUCUGGUUUGCGCGCGAAGGGGGUGUCUUCGUGGCGCUCGCCGCGUCGGUGCUGAGCCUCCUGGCCAUUGCUCUAGAGCGCCACCUUACCAUGGCCCGUCGUGGACCCGCGCCUGUCGCCAGUCGCGCUCGCACGCUGGCGAUGGCGGUGGCCGUCUGGGGCUUGUCGCUGCUGCUGGGGCUGCUGCCCGCGCUGGGCUGGAACUGCUUGGGACGCCUGGAAGCCUGCUCCACCGUGCUGCCGCUCUACGCCAAGGCCUAUGUGCUCUUCUGCGUGCUGGCCUUCCUGGUCAUUCUGGCUGCCAUAUGUGCGCUCUAUGCAAGGAUUUACUGUCAGGUGCGGGCCAACGCGCGUCGCCUGCGGGCUGGUCCUGGGUCCCGUAGGGCCACGUCCUCCUCGCGAUCCCGACACACGCCACGGUCGUUGGCCCUGCUCCGCACGCUUAGCGUGGUGCUCCUGGCCUUCGUGGCCUGCUGGGGACCUCUAUUUCUCUUGCUAUUACUGGAUGUCGCGUGCCCAGCCCGCGCGUGUCCUGUGCUCCUGCAAGCCGAUCCCUUCCUGGGUCUAGCCAUGGCUAACUCGCUGCUGAAUCCUAUCAUCUACACCUUCACCAACCGAGACCUGCGCCACGCGCUCCUGCGGCUGCUCUGCUGUGGUCGCGGACCCUGCAACCAAGACUCCUCCAACAGUUUGCAGCGAUCCCCAAGUGCUGUUGGGCCUUCCGGUGGAGGUCUGCGACGCUGCCUGCCACCAACCCUGGAUCGCAGCUCUAGCCCAUCAGAACACUCGUGUCCCCAGCGGGACGGGAUGGACACCAGCUGCUCCACCGGCAGUCCCGGAGCAGCAACCGCCAACCGGACCCUGGUGCCUGAUGCUACAGACUGACGCUUCCCAACCUGCUGUCGCCCUUUGCAAGAGCAGACUGACUGUCCAAAUAAGCGCAUCAUCUGUAGGAAAUAGCCAAUGACAGAGGGGACAUACAAGAAAGAAGGGAAAUGGUUUGACCACCCCAUAACAGGAACAGACGAAAAUGCACGUGGGGUCUGGCAAGGACAACAACAAAACGAAAGUGAUGGGAAGGUAUCCGGGUAGUGAUGUAAUCUGAGCUGGAACCCCUGAGGGAGGACCAUUCGGUGUGGCUGCAGCGGAAAUUGAGGAGCAGCAGAGCAGGGUGACAGGAGAUGAAAGGGCAGGUUGUGGGAAGUCUUGUUGGUUCUGAGGGAGGCCUUCGGUUUGGCUCUGAGUGAAGUGGGAGCCGUAGAGAAUUCUAAACAAAGGAGGGACUCGCCUGGAUUCAGACCUCCACAGGUACCCUGUGACUACUGGAGUUCAAGGGGAACCGGGGAACCGCUGGAAGACACAGGGAUAAAGGGGAGGCUCCAAAUAUUCUCAAAAGCAGGUGAAGCCUGGAUAGAGUGCGCUAAGGGCUGGCAGAAGGAGUGGCUGGCUACAGAGUGAGGCAGAGCCGUGGGAAGGCGGCACGGUAAGCCUAGGUCCAAAAAUUUGGCUCUGGAGACUUUGCCGGAUAUCAGCUACCAAAAUUCCAGAGUGUGGACAGGCUCUUUAUACAAACUACAACCACAAUAAAAACAAUUCAAGCGGC